UACACACACACACGUGGUACACACAUACACGUGGGGUGUCAGUGGGCAAGCCUUGCCCACUGACACCCCACGUGUAUGUGCAGAUGAGCGGGCGCGCUGGGCGAGCGGGCAUUGAACGGCACGGAGAGAGUUUCCUGCUGUGCUCUCCCUCUGAGCUGACUGUCGCCCUGAGGAUCGUCGCUGGUGCCCAGCGCCCCGUCCACAGCUGCCUCCUGGGAGGGCCGGGGAAGGGACCCAGCAUGCAAAUGGCACGUGCCCUGCUGGAGGUGAUCGUUGGUGGAGUUGCUAACUCACGCGCUGACUUGCACCGCUACGUCUCCUACACUCUGCUUGCAUCAAGCCUGGCCCAGUCUGGCGGUGGUGGUGGUGGUGGUGAUGGUGGUGGUGAUGGUGGUGAUGGUGGUGGUGGUGAUGGUGGUGGUGGUGGUGGUGAUGGUGGUGGUGGUGGUGAUGGUGAUGGUGGUGGUGGAGAAAGGGGCGGAGUCAUGGCCAGAAGGGGCGGAGACUCGGCCCCAGGGGGCGGGGACUCGGCCCGAGGAGGCGGGGACUCGGCCCGAGGAGGCGGAAACUCGGCCCCAGGGGGCGGGGACUCGGCUCCAGGGGGCGGGGACUCGGCCCCUGGGGGCGGGAACUCGGCCCCUGGGGGCGGGAACUCGGCCCCUGGGGGCGGGUACUCGGCGCCAGGGGGCGGAGACUCGGCCCGAGAAGGCGGGGACUCGGCCCCAGGGGGCGGAGACUUUCCCCGAGGGGGCGGAGCCUUUCCCCGAGGGGGAGGAGUCGUGCUGAGUGAGGCGGUGGUGGAGGUGCUGAACCGCUCCCUCUGCUACCUGGAGGACAACGAAUUUGUGUCAAGAGCCACAGGCGACAGAGGUGAGUUGUUUGUGGGUUCCCCUCUUGGCCGUGCCGCUGUUGCCAGCAGCUUGAGCCCUCCGGACGCCAUCGCUGUGUUCCAGGACUUGGAGCGAGGACUUGAUGUGGCACACUCGACACAGAUCUACACCUCCUGUACCUGGUGACUCCUCUGAACAGCGACGUAGUCACCCUGGACUGGCGCUGCUAUCUGUCGCUGUGGGCCUCCCUGCCGGCGGCCCGCCGCAGGGUCGGGGCCUUGGUGGGCGUGUCCGAGGCCUUCCUAUGGCGGGCCGCCAGCAGCAACGCCGACCCUAGGCCGCCGCGCGGGGCCCGAGGAGGAGCUAAGGGGGGAG